AUGAAAACCAACGGCUCAAGGUUAACACUCUCCAUUAGACAAGUGAGAGAGUAGAAAAAUGUACGCGGUCUUAUCCUGCGCCACCUCUGCGUAUCCUAUGCACACUCUCAGAGCUUCCAGAGCCAUAGUCUCAAGCUCUCGAGUUUCAGCUUCCCCUUUUCAUCUCAAGGAACAAAUCUUUGUGCCUGAGGUUGAGAAAGCUUUGGAUUCAUUGUACUUUGAGUUUAGGGCAGUGGAUAAUUUAGUUGCGCGCAAUACUGCACGUGUUCUUAAAGCUUUUCAGAACGCACACCUUGCAUCUCAUCACUUCAGUGGUAGCACGGGCUAUGGUCAUGAAGAAGCUGGCGGACGCGAAGCCCUUGAUCAGGCUUUUGCUGAAAUUUUUGGUGCUGAAUCUGCAGUUGUUCGAGCACAGUUUUUCUCAGGUACUCAUGCAAUCACUUGUGCCUUGUUUGCUUUCCUAAGGCCAGGGGAUGAGCUUCUGGCAGUUGCUGGUGCUCCUUAUGAUACAUUGGAGGAAGUUAUUGGAAUCAGAGAUUCUAAUGGGUUAGGUUCCUUGAAAGAUUUUGGAAUAGGAUACAGAGAAGUGCCACUUGCAGAGGAUGGAGAGCUUGACUGGGAUGCACUAAGUAUUUCAUUGAAACCUCACACAAAAUGUGCAUUCAUACAGAGGUCAUGUGGUUAUUCAUGGCGUCGCAGCUUAAGUGUAGAUGAGAUAGGAAGGGCAAUAGGGAUAAUUAAGUCGCAGAAUCCAAAUUGCUUGGUCAUGGUGGAUAACUGCUAUGGUGAAUUUGUGGAGACCAUAGAACCUCCUAUGGUGGGUGCUGAUCUAAUUGCUGGCAGUUUGAUAAAGAAUCCUGGAGGAACAAUUGCGCCAUGUGGUGGUUAUGUUGCUGGGAGGAAAAAAUGGGUAGAAGCCGCAGCUGCCCGUCUCUCUGCACCAGGACUAGGAGUUGAUUGUGGUUCAACUCCUGGGUAUAUAAUGCGGACGAUCUUUCAGGGUUUGUUCCUAUCACCACAGAUGGUUGGGGAAGCAAUCAAAGGAAGUUUUUUGAUUGCUGAAGUCAUGGCAGCUAGAGGAUAUAAAGUGCAACCACUUUGCAGGGUUCCACGUCAUGAUACAGUACAGGAUCUAUUAUCGGGGAAGACGAUUGGCAGUACUAAGAAAAGUGAAGGACUAUAUUACUUUGACAAGGCAGAUGCAAUACAACUUGGAAGUCGUGAGAGGCUUCUGGCCUUCUGUGAGGCUGUGCAGAGAAGUUCUCCAGUUAGUUCUUUUACCAAGCCCAUUGCAGGUGCAACUCCUGGCUAUGCAUCUGAGGUGAUCUUUGCUGAUGGUACGUUUAUUGAUGGAAGUACAAGUGAACUCUCCUGUGAUGGACCACUGAGGGAACCAUUUGCCGUUUUCUGUCAGGGUGGCACGCAUUGGACACAGUGGGGACUAGUUUUAGGGGAGGUUUUAAAAAAUCUGAAGUAGAAAUCUUCUUCAGAAAAUAUGGGUGUUGUGAGAUGCAUCAUUGCAAAAAUAUUCACUUUUUCACUUACCUCAAUGGAGUUACCAUUAAUUAUUGAAUCUUAACAACAAUGGGCUGAAUUUUGGUUUAAGUUUCAUUUGGGCACUUGGGCAUGGAUCAUCUUUAUCCAAAGGUUUAGAUUAACCAACGGUCCACCAAUGAAUAUUCCAUUAGAAUAGAAUGUUUGCCAUUCAUCAACCAGUUUUCUGAAAGCUUGUUCUUGUGACACAGUGAAUGUCUCUAGUUCCAUCCAAGUUGAAUUGCAUUAGCUGCUUGUGCUACUGUUCAGCUACUUUGGAUCGUCCUGUCACUAUCCAGCCAGCAUGAAGAAUUAGAGGUCUUGAGUAGCGGAUAGAGCUUGUCAAGUAUCAGUUUUUAUUCUUAACAUUUUCAUCUUAUCCCACUGAGUUACAUAAUGAGCCGGCUAUUCAUGCUCAAUUUUGGUUUUACAAGUUUGGUCAAAUUUUCACUUCUCUUCAGCUUUAAAUUGUGACUACUUUUUCCUAGAAAAUAUUGCAAAAGUUAUAAAGAACAAAAAUAUCUGAUUUCCGAAAGAUCCGAAGACUGCAAAUCAUCUAUGCAAGUCCUUUCUUCACUUUGCACUGCUAUUAUUUGUUAUAAGUAGAGGUGUCAAGGACAGGUACCCUUGUUUGGUAUUGAAAUAAUUUUACUUGUAAAUAAGGAGAUAUAUAAUGGUUUAAAUACAUAUGAAGUGUCAAAAAGAGAGUGAAGAAUUUUUUUUUCCCUUUUUUGGUUGGAAAAAUUUCGAUUCAA